ACUGGUCGGCUCUAGCGGGAACAAGGAAGGGGAAGUUUUCGGAGUAGGGUGGACUUUAACAGUAUUACCUGUGCCACCAAAUGACGGUUGCCUAUAAGUCAGGUUUAUUUUUAUAUUUGAUUUAGAGCUAUAUAUAGAUUUUGUACCCAGAAGACGGAAAUGGGAGAUUUGCAUGACGGAUCACCGGCCCCUGCCCUGGAGAAAGACCCACUGGAGCUUGGAGUUGAAGAUGUUUAUGACAUUUCAUACGUCAUCGGAAAAGACUUAUUAAAAAUAAACAGUGGUGGUCAUGAUGUCUCAGAUUUACAAUUCAAAAUUGUCCGAGUGUUGGAAAUGUUUGAAAUAAUGGUGAGCAAGUAUAACCUGUCACUGGAGGAGCUGAGAAUGGAGCGGGACAACCUGAAAGGAGAACUGGACCGAGUUGUUGCAGGGUCACAUGAACACGGUAACAAUAUAAUUGGUCCUGACAAGCUGGUGGUAGAUUUGAAGGACCCAAACAGACCACGAUUCACAAUGCAAGAGUUAAAGGAGGUUCUACAGGAGAGGAACCAGCUUAAAGCACAGCUACUGGUGGCCCAAGAAGAGCUGCAACUCUAUAAAAGUGGUGUUUUACCUCAAACAGAAACAAACAUGGUUGAAGUAGAUCUGGGGACUCCUUCCUCAGUCAACUCAGCACAUGCUAUUCCUACAAAGGAGAACAAAGAACAACACAAAGAGGAGAGGACUACUAUUCAAAAACUGUUCUCAUUUAGAAGAAAAUGACAGCAGUACCUAACUUGCCUUACCUAACUUGGGACCAGAAGCAUAUUUUGAAGGACUGUGACAGCUUCUGUAUACUAACCCUUAUAGUGUCCUAAUCAAAUGUUGUACUUUAGAAAAAUCUUUGUUAUAUGGCAAGAAUUUCUCUUUUUAAAGCAAUUUGUUCAUCUAUCUUUUAAAACUUUUAAAAUGCUGCAUUCUCACUACAAGAAGCUUCAUCAAAAAUUAAAAUAUCACAAAGGGGCAAAAAUCUAGAAAAAGACAUCCACAAAGGAUACUCAAGAAUAAUUAAUACUUGUUUGUACAGUCUUUGUCUAAUUACAGGUAUCUUGCAGCACCAUUUUAAAUGAAAAUUUUGAUCUCUAGAAAUAUAAGGCUUUUUUUUUUACUAAUGCUUUAUUAACAGAAGCCAGUGUUUGAAGAUAUAGUUUAAAAUUAAAGAAAAACAAAAAAGUGUAACAGUGUGUUAACAUUUUUCUUUCAAUAUUAGUUGAGUAUUUAUUGUUGAAUGAUGAUGUAACUAAACUGAGUUUAGUUUUGACUCCCCCUGGACCAACUUUAAACCUGUGUACAGGAUUUAUACAGUCCAGAUUUCCAUUCUCAAAUGAGAAUAAGUAGCAGGUAUAAUUCCUUUUUUACAAGAAAUGACAACUUACAUGACAUAUGAGUAAAGAUUUUGUAUAUUUAAGCAGGUUUUUGCAGUCUUAUACUGUACAGAAGUUAAUAAAGUUACUACUUGUGAGCUACGGUCGUAAAUUCAAACAAGGGUGGGAAAAGUAUAAAUAUUUUAUACAGUGUUACAGCUUUGUACAGGGACAGGACAGGUCUUGUGAUUAAAACAAGUGCAAGAAUAAUGGCCAUACAAGAGAUAAAUCGCAGCUCAUCUGUCUGUUGUUUUUUAUGUAUCCCUUUAUUCCAAAGAGAAUGCAAGCUCUUUAAAUGGUUUUAAUCCAGGUAUAAAAAAACAUAGACCUACAUGCUUAAACUUUUUGUAUUUGAUUGUGCACCUACUAGUUUCUAACUCUAACUAUGUUACCAAUAGCUUUUACCUUUUCUUAGUUUCUUGUCAUUAUUCAUUUUGUUUUUGUUGAAUUCUUUCACUUAUUUGCAUUCUUUUAUGUAAAGCUUUUUGAAAUAAGUCAGAAUUACUAAAAAUGAACCAAAAAGUACCAUGAUAAUAAUAAUAAUAAUAAUAAUAAUAAUAAUAAUAACAAUAAUAAUAAUAAUAAGAAGAAGAAGACUAGCUGCAAGCAGCAAUUAAGGGGCCACUAGGUGGACAACUAAGUACAACGACUUAUACUGAUGUGAAGAGCAUGUACCUUCUGGAGAACUCUCUGGAGUCGAGUCCUCUCGCCAACACUCACUUGCCUUUCCAUCUUCUCCUCCAAACUAACCUUUACUUCUGGAAGAUUAUUUGUGAGUAUUAGUGUGAUGAACGAUGUGUGUCCUCGGUGGUCUGAAUCUGGAUAUUUAUGCAUAUUAAAAAUUUGAAGCUGUAACCUAAAAUGUCCGUAAUUGAUCAUUUAACUUUGGCCUAGUCACAAAUUGUUUUGUAACCUCUUUUGUAUUUAAAUGAUUCUUAAGUCUUGUUUCUUUAUUUUUUGUAACAAGUAACUUUUGUCAUGUCAGUACCUUACUGUAUGUGUUUUUCCAGCUCCUGAGCUGAAUGAGUAGACAUUACCCACACUACUGCUCAUAUCCAAAUUCAUGAAGGUUAACCUGGACAAGCUUUACAUCCUGAGUGCUCACAGGCUUACGGUUCCAGCAGAGACACAAACUCUGUGAUACAGAACAGAUUUAAACAGGCUCUAGCUGCAGUUCUGAAGACUGCUGCUUUACAGAAGCGCACUUGUGAGGUCAGGCACUGAUGUUGGACGAGAAGGUCUGGCUUGCAGUCUCCGCACUAAUUCAUCCCAAAGGUGUUCUAUCAGGUUGAGGUCAGGACUCUGUGCAGACAUUCAUGCAGUGGCUAAUGAAAUUGCAUCCAUUAGUGGUGUUGACCUUCUCAAAAUCCGUAAUAUCCUUCUCGAGAAGUGGCUUUGCAAAACAGGGCAAACCAAUGGCAAGGACAUCCAAUACCAGGACUCUGUGACUGAUCUUACUGAGGAUCCUGAUCUCAUGAGAGUGGUGUAUUUGUUGCAGAUGCACCCGAUGGAUAUAGGGUCAUGUCUGCUCAGCCCCAUCCUGAGUGCAGAGACAUGGGUAAAUAUACCUGUAGCUUCAUAAUGUACAGUUGACUGCAAAAGUUUACAUCCCCCUUACACCUUUGGUGAAUAAUCAAAACAUCUGAAACCUCUGUUGUACAGUUCAUCUUCAAAAUAGCCUUCCAUAAUCAUUUAAAUGUGAUUUCUCUCUGAAAACCUUUUAUGGUGUGGCCUCAAUGUUAAAAUAGUUGUGUCCAAGUCCAGAUUUAUCUUUAAUAGCAAGCUCAAAAGUUUACAUCCCCUUUGAUAAACCCUCUAGGUAUUUAACUUUAAUAUGUAAAAAUGGGUGUCUGAUCUUUUAAAAAAACAUCAUCAACACUUAAUGCUUGAUGAGUGGCACUGGGUGUGUUAAAUUAGGCAUGAAUUUUAUAUUUGCAAGUGGGUAUAUCUCCAGGAGCAGUCUCAAGCAACAAUGAGAUCAGGGAAACAGCUGUCAAAAUUAAAUUUUCAUAAAGCUGAAGAGAGUUAUAAAAAAUUUCAAAGCGUUUAGGGAUACCAGUGCCAACUAUGAAGACCAUAAUCCAGAAAUGGAAGAAACAUGGACACAAUAAGACUCGACUAAGAAGUGGAAGACCAAGAAAAAUAACUGAAAGAGCUGCUAGGAAACUUGCGCAAGAGCUACAUAAGACUCCAAAACAAACAGCAGGGGGCCUGAAAAAGCUCUUAGAAGCAAGUGGAAUAAAAGUUCACAUCUCCACCGUCAAGCACAGUCUGCACAAGUCUGGAAUGAUUGGGAGAAAAGAAUAGGAGAUAGGAUUAAGAAUAAGAAAAGAUUAAGAUUAAGAAAAGAAUAAGAAAGGAAUAGGAAGCCAUUGCUUACUUCUAGACACAAGGCAGCACGCUUAGUGUAUGCUAAAGAGCGCGUGAACAAACCAAAUGAGUUUUGGAAUACUCAUGAGUUUUGGUCAUAAUUUGCACAGGUGUGAAAAAAACUCUACCUAUAAGGAGAAGAACACCAUUCCCACAAACACGGUGGAGGCUCGCUGAUGUUUUGGGGUUGUAUAUCUGCAUCAGGCAUGGAGCUCUGCAUAAAGUGGACGGAAAAAUGAAUGCAGCCCAAUAUCAACAGAUUUUAAAGCAAAGCCUUCCACCACCAGUCAAAAAGCUAAAAAUGAAGAGGCAGUGGAUCCUUCACCAAGACAGUGAUCUAAAACACAAAGUAACUCAGGAAUGGUUUAAAAAGAAUAAGGUGAAUGUUUUGCCAUGGCCUUCCCAGUCUCCAGACUUGAAUAUAAUAGAAAACCUGUGGAUAGAUUUGAAGAAGGUUGUGCAUGACAGACAGCCAAGAAAUCUGGUAGACUUGGAACAAAUAUGCCAGGAAGAAUGGGCUAAAUUUACACCUGAGAGGAUACAAAAGCUGCUCAGAGGUUACCCAAAGAAGUUGGAAGAGGUUUUAAAGGCAAAAGGAGGACCUACAAAGUAUUAGAAAACAUUUCAUAAACGUGGAUGCAAACUUUUGGACUGAUAUAAUUUCCACUAUUUCACUGUCACUUUCUUUGUAUACACUCUUUGAUCAUUUUUGUUACUUCUGAUGAUUAAGGAACAUUUGUGAAAACUGAACAUGCAUUAAAUAUUGUGUUGAUGACAA